UUUGCGUGCAAUAAAUAAGCUCGCACGCUGACUGGGGCUCAGUCUUGCUUAAAAUAGAGUGACACUCGCAAAAAUGAGGCUUCACUCAAUCCCAUUCCUGUUAUUUUUGGUAUUUUCAACGGAAGCCCUGCCGUUUUUGCCAAUGAUCGUCAAAGAACUCGCGAAAAGAGAGGCGCCCGUCCAAUCAGUCGAAAGCGGCGUCAUCCCUCCGAUGAAUGACAAUCCAAGAGCGGAAGGUGGAAUCGUCCCUGGCAUGCCAUCCAUGCCAGGUUUCGGGGGCGGCGAAAGCGGCGGCGGCUCCGGGAGCGGCAUGAUGUUCAACCAGCCGAUGGCGAUGAUGGGCGGCUUCACCAUGCUGAUGAUGCCGGCCCAAGACGCAAUGGCCAUGGCCCAGAAUUUCCAACAGUUCGCCUCCAGCAUGUCUCAAAUGCCCAUUAUUGGCUGAGAUUCGGUCAAAAUUUACUUUUUAUAAUUUUAUAAAUAACGUAUUAAUUGGAAUAGGUCACAAAAUUACUUUAUGGUUAAAUUUUUUGUAAGAAUUCCAAAAAUUUCUUUGUUUUUGUGAAACAAUAUAAAUUUUUAUUAAAUUUUGAAAUGGAAAUUUGGUUUUAAUAAUGUAAAUUUUAAUAAAACUACAAUUUUGAA